AUCAGUUUCUACUUACUAGUUGCUCUCUCUCUUGCGAUAAAUUAACAUCAACUAUGUUUGGAGCAUUCAGAGCAUCAAGUAUUAGUCAGGGCGGUCUUCUAUGGAAAGCACGCAUGAAGAUGAACCUUAGCCCUACACAGAAGGCUAACAUCCGUAAGCGCCUCAAAGCUGCCGACGAUGUUGUCAUGAAGAUUCAAGAGUCGGGAGUCCAGUGCAAUGCCUUGACUAAGCUUCAGGCUGAACCUACUGAAGCACAAAUGCCUCCUAAAGACAAAUACACUGUUUUUACCAGGAACUUCAAGGGCUAUCGCAAGUCCGUUCACAAAGUCCCUCAUUUUACCAAGGUUCCUGUCCCUCGUACUGCUCCUGCUGGAUUUUAAAAAGACAAAACAAAAUACAGGAGCAUGCAUAGAAUGUCGACCUUGAAUGUCUUUCAGUAGAAUUGGACACUUAAUUUGAAUAAUGGGAAGCAUGUGAGGUUAGAAAACAAGGAUCAUUGAUCAGCAGACCAGAUUAUUUCAAAGAAAUGUUAUUGUCACAGCAACCAUACUAGACCAAGAGCAAAAAUUUGUUUCUUGAAUAAGCUAUCGAAGAAU